CUAAAAUCCUCAAUUGCAAAAUCCUGUAUAUCCGGUGUUGCAAGAGAGGGGUUGCAAUCCAGGAGGCUUGUAGUGUCUGCAACAGGGAGGAGGAGUCGGAUGCCCAUGCCUUUUUCUUAUGCUCUGCUGCGCAGCAGGUCUGGGAUUUAGUUGGAGUAAAUGUGAGAAGGGAUACUCCGGGAAUGGAGAACUGGAUCAAGAAUUAUUUGGCAGAUAAAGAUGAGGAGAGCUGGUGUCAUUUCCUUAUGAUACUCUGGAGCUUGUGGAAGAGAAGGAACGAUGUGGUUUGGAAGAAAAUUGCUCACACAGAACAGGGGGUCCGAAGGUGUGCUGAAAGUACAUUACAUGGGUGGAGGGAGGCACAAAUACAGAAAGGAGGAGCCCAAAGUCACCUGCAAAGGCCAGAAGAAAGAUGGAAAAGUCCGCGGUCAGGGUGGGUCAAAGUGAACGUGGAUGCCGCUACCAAUGAAGAGGGAGGGAUACGGGCAUGGGCAUGGGGAAGUGGUGGGAGCUGGUAGUGAUUCGAAGAGAGCAGAGUGGUCACCGGCUGAAACUGAAGCAAGGGGAGUUCGUGAAGCCAUUGCUGGAGCUAUAAGGAAAGGUUGGAGACAAGUGGAAGUGGAAUCAGAUGCUCUUCAGGUUGUUCAGGCAGUCCAUAAAGGGGAAGGCAUGUCUUAUUUAGAUUUAGUGAUAGAUGAUAUUGGUCAUCAGCUGAAAGAGAAUGAAAUUUUUUCUCUGGCAUAUUGUAAACGAUCUGCCAAUCGCGUCGCUCAUGCUCUAGCAAGGGCUAGCGUGUUAAGUCCAGAUCGUAGAAUUAGUCAUGAUUUAUUACCAUCUCAUAUUGUUAGCCUUGUGGCAAACGAUUUACUAGUUUGAAUAUGAAGUUUAUUUAUCAAAAAAAAAAAAAUACUUUUCCCUCAAA